AGGACUAUCAGAGGUGAUUCUAACUUGUGAUUGCCAUGGCCACUGUACGAGAGAAAUUGUUGACGGCAGUCUAUGAAGAGGAGCAUACAGCCCCAAGUAAAGUGACAAUUGUUGGUGUUGGACAAGUAGGGAUGGCAUGCGCUUACAGCAUAAUGCAGCAGGGUAUUUGCCGUGAACUGGCCUUGGUUGACAUGAUUGAGGAUAAGCUGAAAGGGGAGAUGUUGGACUUGCAGCAUUGUCAGCGGUUUGUCAAGAACGUCAGCAUUCGUGCAAGCACUGAUUAUGCUGUUACCGCAAACUCCAACUUGUGUAUUGUGACUGCGGGCUCGCGUCAGAAAGAGGGUGAAAGCAGAAGGGAUCUGGUACAGAGAAAUGUCAACAUCUUCAAAGCAAUCAUUCCACAGCUGGUGAAACACAGCCCAAACACCAUUCUGAUGAUUGUCUCAAACCCAGUGGACAUUUUAACUUAUGUGGCAUGGAAAAUCAGCGGACUUCCCCAUGAGCGUGUGAUUGGAAGCGGAACGAACCUGGACACGGCCCGGUUUCAUUUUCUUAUCAGUGAAAAACUUAACAUCGCGCCAAACAAUGUGCAUGGAUGGAUCAUUGGGGAGCAUGGCGAUGCUAGUGUGCCUGUUUGGAGUGGUGUGAAUAUUGCUGGAGUUAAUCUCAAGGAUCUCCACCCAGACAUCGGGUCUGAUGGCGACCCGGAAAAAUGGAAUGAAGUACACCAGAAGGUUGUGAACAGUGCCUACGAGGUGAUCAAACUGAAAGGUUACACAUCCUGGGCCAUCGGUUUGAGUGUCGCCACCAUGAGUCAAGCGUUGCUAAGGAACCAGAAGAACGUACAUGCUAUUUCAACCCUUGCUAAGGGUUUUCAUGGAAUCGAAGAAGAGGUGUUUCUCAGCCUUCCUUGCGUGCUCGGCUCCCAUGGCAUCAUGUACGUCAUCAAGCAGACUUUGGACGAAAACGAGGCAAAGAAACUUCAGACCUGCGCGCGCACGAUGAACGAGAUUCAACAGAGUCUUGAGUUCUGAGUAUAUAGUGGUUGUCGCUGUAAAAGCACAGCUGUAAGUUAUAUUAAAAAGAUGAGCUGUUUAUAAGUUA